AUGAAAAAAGGAGAGAGGGCAGGAUAUUCAAGAUCCCAGCCCAGAAAAGCCGUCAGUAGAAGUGAGCCAGGAAUAAGAAGUGUGAGACAAGAGGGUAAGAAAAGCCCUGGGAAUCGGCGUACCAGACAGGAAAGCAAUGGAAGGCAAUGGACAAAUAGCUGGCAAGGCCAGAAUGUUGAGCUCUAUUCGGAGAGUGACUGGAGGUGGGGUCAGUGGCGAAGGAACUGGCAUGACCGCUGGAACUGGGACGAUGACUGCAAUACGACUUCUUCCUUCACACAUGACUCGGACACUCGAGGCUGUGAGUAUUUUCAAUCCGGCUUCUGCAAUUGGGGCGCCUCCUGCUACUUUUCCCAUGAUUGGACUGACAUGGACCACUCCAGCAUGCCCGACGGACCGGAGUGGUCGCACGAACACUUCAGCACGGAACCCUUGGUGGACGACCCACAGACGUCUGCGACGGCCGGCUUGGUCUUCGUCUUGGCCGCUGAGGCCUUCGAAGCCUUCGAGACGCCUUCGUCUGAGAUGAUGACUGAGGAUACCGGACCCAUGCGCGUGCGGGUGGUGGGAGAUUUGGACGAGUUGGGCUACUCCGAAGAGUUGGAGGAGUGGGAUCCCAAUUUGGGUGUCGAUCUUUGCUGGGAGGGCGAUGUUUGGCGCUCCUUUGUGAUCGCGGUUGAGCCUGAGACCUUGGUGCACUUCAGCCUCGUAAGGCUGGAUCAGCCGGAGAGUCAUCCAGGACUUCUGCAGGGCUGGCGCCGCUGGGAGAUGCAUGAGCAGCGGCAUUUCACCUGGAGUCCACGACAUUCUUUGCGAGCUCCGAAGGCCAAUGAGAUCUUGGAAGUCUUCCUGCGGCGUGAGCACUGCGACGGUCGCUCCGUGACUUCCUGGUCGAUCCCACGUCGCGUGCUGCCGCGCCGGGCAGUGGUCACGGCACCAGGGCGGCCGUUUUGGCAAGAGCCUGGCACUCUGAGAUGCUUCACCUUUGAUGGGCCUGGAGGAGUGCUGAAGUAUUGUUUGUAUGUGCCAAAAUUGGAUGAUCUUUCUGAAGCGUCUUUAGUGCUUUUCCUCCACUCGAUGCACGGCAAGCUGGAGGGUGACAACAACCUCUUCUUUGAAUCCGAUACUCCCCUCCGGGUACUACUGGAUGAGGAUCCCCGAUGCCCUUCCUCGCUGCGCGAGCGGUGUGUCUUGCUGGUGCCUCAGUGUCCGGUGGACCGAGAACGAGGUGAUGGCGCGGGCAUUUGGCUCCGGAAAGGAUGGUACGAGGAGUCCAGGUAUGAUGAGAAGGUGGAGGCUUCAUUGAUGGCUUUGGUGGAGAUGGUUCGUGCCCAGUAUGGGCUCUCACGCGCUCCGAGCCUUUGCGGCUCCUCCAUGGGCGCCUACGGGGCCCUGGAGCUGACCAGCCGCAACCCGAAUGUCUUUGGUGCGGUGGCGCUCAUCGCAGCCCAUUACGACUUGGAUCCCUUGGAGCCAUUGGUCCAAAGAUUGACGGAGCCUCAAGCAGUGCCGCUGUGGUUCAUUCACGCCGAAAAUGACAAUGUUUGCCCCUACAGCGACAUGGAAGAGCUGGUACAUCUCUUGAGAGUCCAUGCCCGCGCUGAAGUACAUUUGACCAGCUUCGAGGACACUUGGAGCAGCCAGGGUCACUGCGCAGAUUGUGUGGCUUUCUGGGCUCAGAGUGUUGUCCCAGGCGCUCCAGCUUUGGGCGAGGAGCUUUUCACUUGGCUGGCGACGGCAGGAGCAUGA